CUGCCACGCUGCGCCCUCGCUGCGGCCAGGCCUGGAGGGACUGCUGCUGGACAGCUGCGCCCGGGCUGUGUGAGCACGACCGCUGGAGCUGUGGGCCCCCCGCCGCCGCCGCCAAGAGGUGCCCAGCAGAAGAACAUGGCUCAAGAGGCGAAUCACAGCCAGGCGCCCAUGCUGUGCUCCACCGGCUGCGGGUUCUACGGGAACCCCCGGACCAACGGCAUGUGCUCCGUGUGCUACAAGGAGCACCUCCAGAGACAGAACAACGGCGGCAGGAUCAGCCCACCUGCAGCCUCUGUUGGUAGCCUCUCCGAGCCCCUGCCUGUCCAGUGCACAGAUGUCGGGGCCGCGGAGGCUCCUCCUGCGCUGGAGUCCACGUCGCCAUCCACACAGCCCAGCCCUGUAUCAAAUCAGUCACUUUUAUCAGAAUCGGUAGCCUCUUCCCAAGUGGACAGCACGUCUGUGGACAAAGCAGCGCCUGAGACAGAAGACCUGCAAGCCUCGGCGUCAGAUGUGGCGCAGCCGCCCUCUGAAGAGCAAAGCAAAUCCCUUGAGAAGCCAAAACAGAAGAAGAAUCGCUGCUUCAUGUGCAGGAAGAAGGUGGGGCUAACUGGGUUCGAAUGCCGGUGCGGGAACGUGUACUGCGGCGCGCACCGCUACUCCGACGUGCACAGCUGCCCUUACAAUUACAGAGCCGACGCUGCCGAGCGGAUCCGGAAAGAAAACCCAGUCGUUGUCGGCGAAAAGAUCCAGAAGAUUUGAGCUCCUGCUGGAAUACAAAGUCCUUGGCCAUCUGCAAACUAAACACUGACUUGAGUUUUUUUCCUAGUCCUUGGACGUAGAGCAGCGUCUGAUAGGCCUUUAAUCACGCAUGUCACCGGAAGAAUAGAUUUUUGUUUUUGUUUUGAAAAUGACUCUGAACAUUUAUUUCCAUUGCAGUUUCUGUGCUGAAAAGACUUAAGUAAACUUUACAAGUAUUAUCCUUUUAAGAUCAUUCUAAUUCUAGUUGAGCGCAGAGGGCUUGUGAUGCCUGAAGCCCGGAGGGCGACUUCCCGCGGUGCCGCCGCUCUGCGCAGCCUCCUCCGCGCCCUCCAGGGACCCUGCUCGCACCGCGCGGACCUGGACUCGCCUGCCGGCCCGCGCUUCUCUCUGACCAAGGCCCCGCCUCUGCCGGCGCUUGCUCUGCGCCCCACUGUUACGUCCUCUGCGCGGGGAGGGGGCCGUCCUGGCCCGCGCGGAGGGGAGGGCGUGGGGCCGCACUGUUUUCUGUUUCGCACCAGCCUCUGAUUCAAUAAAGGAAAUGGCUCCUCCGCUGGCGCGCG